CUCUUUAGGCAUUAUAAUUUUAUGCACGAGAAAUUGUUUCUCAAAGCUAAGCAAAAUACAUUUUCAUUUACAUGACAAAAAUUUUCUGUUGUGUAAAUUGUAUUUUUCUUUGUGUGUGUGUGUGUGUGUGUGUGUGUGUGUGUGUGUGUGUGUGUGUGUGUGUGUGUGUGUGUGUGUGUGUGUGUGUGUGUGUGUGUGUGUGUGUGUGUGUGUGCUGUGUGAGAUUUAUUUGAAUUUCCUUGAACACUCCUCUGUUUGCACAGAUAUCCUUUGAUGUCUGACUGUUUCUCCACUGUGGUUGGCUCUGAGGUAUGAAGUUUUGUGUGAGCUCCUGUCUUCCUGUCCUCUGGGUGGAAUCAGGGGAGAUAACACAGCUUGUCACCAUGGACACAAACAAUGAGAUCUUUGUUGUAUCCUUGUUACACAUGAAAGCUCAUCGCUUCAAUCUCUGUCCUCUACAUCUAUGGAGACAUUGUCUUCAUAGUGGCAUCAUUCGCUCUUUGCCAGCCGGACCAGAAUCCUCUCCUCCUUCUGCAAUGACGGACCUGGCUGACAGCGCCUCCUUAGAUCAGAGCCAAGACUCCUCUUCUACUUGGUCUCCUGAGCAAGGACCCCCACCUGCUCCCACCCAUUGCUGCAUGAGUGGUUGUCAUAACUGCGUUUGGAUUGAACAUGCGGAGCAGCUCCUGGCAUAUUAUCAUGAUGGAGGAGAUAGAGCGCUCGCUGCCAUAGAGGAAAAUGUUCUUGAUGAGAAUCUCAAGGCAUAUCUUACGAUGGAGAUCAAACUGCUGAAAAAGACGUGAUGCUUUCCAUGGACUCUCACUCAUGCUCUCAUCUGGUCAGAUUUUUAUUCAGUUUAUGGGUUUAAUAUAAGCUCAAUUAGUAACUUCUGUUGUAUUUUUUAUUUUUUUUUGCAAGCAGCCACAGAGUUUUGACAAGAAAAUGUUUAAACAUCCUUUGAUGAUGAUGCAUGUUUCUCUCUAAGUUGUGUAAAGUUUUUACUGCGGAAAGUUUCUUUAAUUCACAAACGCACUUUUUUUGAAAAUCAGCUGUGUGUAAUUUUAUUGUAAUUUUAUUAUAUUGUAUUUUAGUAUAUUUCUCAGAGAUUUUUUUUCAUUAAAGUUUGUUCUAUUUAUUUAUUUUAA